CCCCUUCCGGCCUCUCUGGCCGGCGGCGGCGGUGGCGGCGCGUCUCUAUGGUUCCGGCGCUGGCUGAGGCCGCAGAGGAGGCGCCAUGGACACCGGCGGGCGGCCCUCGGCGGCCCAGCUCAUCCUGCUGGGCGCCAGUUCGGCCGUGGCCGCCGCCCUGUACUCUGUGUACCGGCACAAGGUCCAGGCAGCCCGCGAGCUCAAGGGAGCCAAAAAAAUUCACUUGGGAGAAGAUUUGAAGAGUAUUCUUAGUGAUGCUCCUGGGAAGUGUGUGCCUUAUGCUGUCAUUGAGGGAGCUGUGCGUUCUGUUAAGGAAACCCUUAACAGCCAAUUUGUGGAAAACUGCAAAGGAGUGAUUCAGAGACUGACCCUCCAGGAGCACAAGAUGGUGUGGAAUCGAACAACCCACCUCUGGAAUGACUGUGAAAAAAUCAUCCACCAGAGAACAAAUACGGUGCCCUUUGACCUGGUGCCCCAUGCCGAUGGCACGGGCGUGGCGGUCCGAGUUCUGAAGCCCCUGGACUCAGCUGACCUCGGCUUAGAAACGGUGUAUGAGAAGUUCCACCCUACGGUCCAGUCCUUCACUGAUGCGAUCGGCCACUACAUCAGUGGGGAGCGGCCCAAGGGCAUCCAGGAGACGGAGGAGAUGCUCAAGGUGGGGGCCGCCGUCACGGGCGUGGGGGAGCUGGUUCUGGACAACAGUUCCAUCUGUCUGCGGCCCCCCAAACAGGGCCUGCAGUAUUACCUGAGCAGCCAGGACUUCGAUGCCCUCCUGCAGAGGCAAGAGUCUGGCGUCAAGCUCUGGAAAAUCCUGACAGUCGUCUCUGGCCUUGCCGCCUGUGCCACCCUCCUCUUCAUCCUGCGCAGGCAGUACCUGCACCGGCGAGAGCGGCAGCGCAUGAAGCAGGCGCGGGAGGAGUUCCGGCUGCGCGAGGCCCAGCUCCUGAGGGCGGCCAGCGCUGAGGACAGAGAGACUUUAAAAAAUGCCUGCGCUGUGUGUCUGAGCAACGUCAGGUCGUGCGUCUUUCUGGAGUGCGGCCACGUCUGCUCCUGCGGCGAGUGCUACCAGGCCUUGCCCGAGCCAAAGACGUGCCCUGUUUGUAGACGGGAGAUUGUCCGGGUAGUUCCCUUGUACGACAGCUGACUGUUCAAAGAUUUGGAAUUUACAGAGGAGACGGUUCCCCUUUUCAGUGGAUUUUACCAAUCCCUUAGAGGUGGAGUCUGGUGGUGGCCACUUGUAACCGCUAGGCAUCAUCGAGGGAUGGAGGGAGAGAGAAAAAACAUCCUGAUCUCUUAAACGCAGCAGCAGAGAUUGGACACCGAGGCCUGUGGGAUUAUGCUUUAAAUCAAAGAGCGGGCGAGCCAAAGAGCCUGGGUGGGUGUAUGUAGCAAGGCCGGCUGCAUCUUUUCUGCCAUUUCUGCGUGCGUGCGUGCGUGCAUGCGUGUGUGUGUGUGUAUGAAAGAAAGAGAAAGUUAACUAGACCCCUUGACCUCACAAGCGGUUCCCUCCUCACUUGUGUCUGAGAUUUUUUCCAGCAUCAUUCCAGACGAGUCGUGUGAUCCCCGUUGGUUUAGGACAGCCUGGGUUCAGUGACCCAGUUAUCCCAGCGGGAGAAAAGGGAGAACAUAGUGAGUGGGGGUUGGGUUUUUCAGAGGUGCCUCAGGAGAAGCCUGGGGUCAGAACAGGAGCUGCCAGCUGCCAGUAGGACUAGUUUUCUUUUCUGCUCCACCACUUGCAUAUCGUGCAGUUAUUUUAACCCAGAUUGCUAGGGAAUGAUGUGUUGAUAAGGCUUUCCUUCCUUCUCAUCCCUCUCAUCAACCAAAUAGUGUCUGUACAGGCAUGUGGAGAAGGAAGGAAGUGAAACUGCGUCUUAGGCCUUAGGCCCCAGGCAGCUCAGUGUGGCGGGCAGGAACCUGAAGGGGACAUUAGGGGAGAAAGCGAGUCAGCCUUAUUGGUGAUGGUGGAAAGUGAGGCCUGGAUUUUCAGAUUCCUCUUCAGCUUUGUCUUGUCCCCGUUUAGCUGCCUCACCCUCGGUGUGCUCACUGCCUUCAGAGCAGGCUGACACGUAAAUGGCCGCUGUGCCCACGGGAGGCGAGGACGCCAGGAUCACGGUGCUUGGGGUUCGAGCUGGGAACCUUCCAGGGAAUGAUUAGGUGUUGUGCCCGUUUCAAGCGAGGAUUGGAAAGUGCUCCAGACUUGAGGAUGUCACCGCGUUAGCCUCCUCACCCUGGAGGCUUUUCACCAGUCAGGAGGACGGGAGCACGCAUUCUUACUUGAUCCCCUUUACCGCGAAGUGAGAGUGUCCCAUGGGUCUGAUAGUGCUAUCUCUUCUUGUGUUGCUUUCCCCCUUCCUUGUCUGCUUGAGUUUUGUAAGCGCCAGCCUUGGGGGGAUCCCCGAGGUUGCAGCCUCUCUUCUCGUGUCUCCUUCCCCUGUCCUGCUUCCUGGCCUCCCCUGAGAACAGGGCUGUCACGGCAACACCCCAGGACUAUGCAGUGUCUUCUUUGGCUCGUGUGCAGAGGACGCAGAGUAAAUAUUUUAUGUUGAAACUGAA